ACCAGCUUCACAGUUGACGCAUUUUGUUAUGGAGCAGUGGAAGGCUGCGAUGCCUAUUUUCUAUCCCACUUCCAUUCAGAUCAUUACGGCGGCCUGACAUCGACAUGGGACCAUGGACCAAUUUAUUGCUCCAGUAUCACAGCAAAUCUCGUCAUCAGUCGCCUCGGGGUAGACUCCAAAUACGUCAACAGGUUGCCCAUGUGCGUGCCUACUGCCGUCAAUGGUGUUACGGUCAGACUCAUGGAUGCCAACCAUUGCCCUGGAUCGGUCCUGUUUGUGUUCGAUUUGGAGAAUCCACGGAGGCGCUACCUUCACACAGGCGAUUUUAGAGCAUGCCCAGAAAUGUGUGUGGACCCGAUCCUUCGUCAGCCACAAAAUAUUCCGAUCGACAUUCUCUAUCUCGAUACGACUUACAGUAACCCUCGAUACACUUUCCCAUCUCAGGAACUUGUUAUUCGAGAGACAGCCAAUCUUGUUUGCAGGGAGCUAGGUAUUAACAACGAUGCCGCCAUCACUGCGCCAACGUCGCAGAGCAUAAAAGCAAAGCAAAGAUGGCAGGAGCCUAUGGAUAGGAGCAAGGUCGUCAUUUGCGUAGGCACGUAUCUGAUUGGCAAGGAGCGUGUCUUCAAGGCAAUCGCCAAAGCCAUCAAGAGCAAGGUCUUUGUUCAGCAUUCGAAGCUGCAGAUUUUAGGAUGUCUUGAAGAUCAGGAGCUCAUGGGUAUGCUGACCAGGGAUCGACUGGAGGCGCAGGUGCACCUGGUACAUAUGGGCUCCGACAUGUCGCCGGAAUCACUGCAGGACUAUCUCGAUGCGCUUGCGCCGACCUUCACACGUCUUAUCGCCAUUCGACCUACAGGGUGGACAUUCACUGGUUCGAGAAAAUUCACGUCUGCGGACAACAGAUCGAAUGAGCAGCCCCGGACACCAACACCGACGAGUCUGGAGCUCAAGCCCAGUUUUACGUCUCCUAUGGUCAAGAUAUACCCUGUUCCGUAUUCGGAACACUCUAGCUUUAAUGAACUCGCAGGGUUUGUUCGGUCCCUUAAUAUCGCCAGAAUCAUACCAACAGUCGGCGUGGGAAGCGAGAAUGGCCGGCAUGCCAUGACGGAGUGGUUCAAGCGUUGGGAAGACGAGCGGCGACAGGGCGUUGGGUGGGAGUGA